AUGGAUGAAGCACAUGACCGGGCGAGGCAAAGUGUUUGCAGUCCGAAGAGGCCAGGACAGGGGAACAUUGACUACCAGGAAUUCUUCGACUCACAACAAGGGCGCCAACAGAUAAUUGACGACGCGGCGACUAUAUACGAGAAUCUGAUCUGGACGUCGGAUGCGCCACGCGAGAAGGCAGGCGUUCGAGUAUUUGAAGCUGCAGUGCACAAGUUCAUGGCUCAUGCCUGUGCUAUAAGAGAACCCAUGCUUACUCCUGCUGAUGCCGCGGGUCAGCGAUUGAUGGAGGAAAUUUUUAUAGGCGGUUUUAGGAGAAGAAUGGUCACAUUGAGGCAAAAUGAAAGCCCAGAUAUCGACAUCUGGCCGAGUCCUUUUGAAAUGUGGCGCUCAUACGAGGACCUUGGUCGACAGAAUCUUGAUGGUUUGAAAGAGAACCUGCAGCUUCGGUACUCACCGAUCAAUGUCAGGGCAAAAGAUAUUCGCCUACUAGAAUUGGCCCCUGGAAAACGUGAUAUGCCUCUGGAGGGUCACUUGAUCGUCGUAUCCCUGAACACAGAACCGAUAUUUGACGCUGUGUCAUAUAUGGCCGGAAAGUCUAGCGAAAGAGUCCUACUUGGCUGUAGCAACGAAUCGGCUGGGCAUCACUGGUCAGGGGUUGCUCCCAAUACCCUGAAAGCCCUCCGUGACAUUAGAGACGAGGAGAAACCAAUUCGGCUAUGGAUCCGCGACUUGUGCAUCAACCAACGAGACAGCGACGAGAGAAAAAUGUACGUUGGUAUGACAAAAUGCAUAUACACACAAGCUCAAUGGGUCAGGGUCUGGAUAGACCAAUUUCUUGACCCCAUGGAGCCAUGUGUCAAGCAUCUGGCCCAAUUCGAGGCGAUUGCAGAACAGGAGGAAGAAAUAGAGAUCACUAUGGCAACCCUUGCAAAGAAUGCUCAUGUACUGCUAGGACACGAUCCAUCUCUAUGGAAUCCUCUGGAUGGCAUUAUGGCCGACGAUUAUUGGACUCGGUUAUGGACCCAGCAAGAGCUGUUAAUGGCGAAUCAUGUCGUUGUGCAUUGUCAGAGCACUAUCAUAACGGGAACAGGUUUAUUCACUUUUCAACAUGCACUUGCAGAGGUGAAAACGGAGUAUGUGAGUCCGACGAAGGAUCCUGAGCGACAUGCUUUGAAUAGCAGAUGGGAGAAGAAGUUGAAACACAUUGUGAGUCUUGCGAUACCCUCUAAAAGUUUCAUCUCGUACAGGCGCGACUACCGAGAUUGGAUGAAAGCAGCUGCCGUGGCCGAUUCAAAGGGUGGACCGAUUCCAUAUAUAGGAAGUCUCCUGAAUCUGGUUCUCGAACUGGGCAAACUUCAUACAUCUGACCCAAGAGACCGUAUUUUUGCAUUGUAUGGGCUGGCGCACGACAUCGAUCCUCUUCUUGCCGAUGGGGACUAUGACUGGACUAUAGCAAGAACUUUCAGAUACGCUCUAGAUCGCUGCAAGAAACACAACUAUGUCGAGUACCUCCCAUAUGUACGACGCUGUUCGGACCAGGUCCAGUGGCGCGGUUCUAAUGGCUCUCUUUAUCAAUCUUUUCUGCCGACUUGGAUUCCGAAUUGGAUGGACGGGCUACUCACUAAGUCCAAAUUCGAACCAUUUCGGCAUGAAGCUUCAGGCCCGAGGCCUUGUCCUCUGGGUCGAGAUCGCUUUCUCAAAGAUGACGAAUGGUGUAUGCGGGUUCGAGCAAUCAAACUCGACGGACUCCGGUUCGCCUAUCCGCCAGUGAAUGGAAGAGCACAAAAGAUCCUUGACAUAUUUGAUCAUCUAGACGCACUGUCUCCUGGAGGCGAUCUGAUCCUUGGAACAGCGCAAUGGCUGUAUACGCUCAUGUAUCGGUCCUCGACCGAAUACAAAGAAAAGUCUUUCGAGGACGAGAAAGCCUAUUUCCGAAUGUAUCGAGGUGAUUUCGCUGUUGCGUUUCAGGCGUUCCGUGACCGCCUCAGAGAGGCCAGUCUUCGUGGUACGGAUAUGGAUAACUUGCAGGAGUAUCUCCUGGCCGCUGACCAGGACGGUAGUUUCGACAAGGAGAGUUUCAAUGGCGGAGUGCGGCUCAUGUAUGUUUACAUGUGCAGAUCAGACAUUUUGACCGGCCGGAUCGUGCUUCUCCAAAGCCACGCGCUUGGCAUUGCCGAGAACCCACUGAAAAGUAAUCAAGAGUAUGUCCUGUCACUUGGCUCCGCAUCCACGUCUGACCACCAUGCAGUGCUUGAAGCAAGACUAGAGCAGGCCAACCUGCUGAAAAAGGUUGUCGAUGCCAUCAAAGACCUCGUACAAGACUGUAACUUCGACUGUAAUGAUAGCGGGAUAGCGCUGCAGGCCAUGGACAAUUCGCACGUCGCACUCGUGUCGAUGAUGCUCAAAUCCGAGAGCUUCUCCCCUUUCCGGUGCGACCGCAACAUAGCCCUGGGUAUCAACCUGACGUCUCUCCAAAAAGUGCUUCGAUGCGCGAACAGCGAAGACAUCCUGACACUAAAGGCUGAAGACGCGCCCGAUGUUGUCAAUUUGGUGUUUGAGAGCGCCGACUCUGAUCGGCUGAGCGAGUAUGAUAUUAAGCUUAUGGACAUUGAUCAAGAGCAUCUCGGCAUUCCGGAGACUGAGUACGCCGCGAACAUCUCGAUGCCGUCGGCGGAGUUCCAGAAGAUUUGCAGAGAUCUGAUGGCUUUGUCGGAGUCUGUCGCGAUUGAGUGCACCAAGGAGGGUGUGAAGUUUUCAUGUAAUGGUGAUAUCGGCUCAGGCUCCGUAACGCUCCGGUCGCACACCAACGUGGACAAGCCCGAGAACAACGUUGAGAUUGACCUGACUGAGCCUGUCGCGCUCACAUUCUCUCUCAAAUACCUGGUGAACUUCUGCAAAGCCAGUGGCUUGUCGGGGCAGGUGAAACUGUGCCUGUCAAACGAAGUCCCACUUCUAGUAGAAUACGGUCUGGCCAGCAACAGCUAUCUAAGAUUCUAUCUUGCGCCAAAGAUUGGCGAUGAUGAAUGA